GUUUGCUGCCCCAAUCAGCGCGUCGUCGAAACAUCGACGCAAGAGCUUCAGGCCGACGAGCAUGGGCAACAGCAGCAGCAACGCCCGGCGCCGAGCGUCGUCCGCGCGGAGGCGCGCCGAGUCGACGCCGCAGCUUUCGCCUGUCCCGACGACCGAGCCGCCAGCGCGCGACCGCCCGGCGUCGCAGCGCCGUUCGCUGACCGACCUUCCGACGACGCAAGGUGGCAUCCAGCGUGGCCAAGAGGCGGUCGAGGACGCGACCGACCAGCUCGGGUACUGGUCGCUGCUGCGCCACGGCUACGAGAGCUUGGUGAAUCUCAUCAUCCGGCCGCCGCGUGCGCAGUACGACGUCGACGAGCUCGGGCCCGUCGAGUUUCCGCUCUCUGGCACGCGCUUCCGCCGCACCGACUUUAGCAUUUCCGUGUCGCGCCAAGGACAGAGUAUGCAGAUGCAGUGUUCGCACUGGGCGCCAGUCGCGCCGACGCUUGCGGCACUGCCUUGCGUCAUCUACCUCCACGGCAACUCGUCGUGCAGGCUCGAGGCGCUCUCAGUUCUGCGCUGCGUGCUCGCAAGCGGUGCAACGCUUGUGACGCUCGACUGCAUUGGCUGUGGCCAGUCAGACGGCGAGUACAUUUCACUCGGCUACUAUGAGCGCGAUGACGUACAGACGCUCGUCGAGCAUCUGCGCGGGACGGGCCACGUCUCGUCGAUCGCGCUCUGGGGCCGGAGCAUGGGCGCCGUCACCGCGCUGCUGCAUGCGGACCGGGACCCGUCGAUUGCCGGCGUCAUCAUCGACAGUGCCUUUGCGAACCUCGAGCAGCUCGUCAUGGAGAUUGUCGAGCACGGCCGGCGCGAAGGCUACACGAUCCCCAACAUGGUGGUCAAGGUCGCGCUAAAGUUCAUCCGGUCGUCCGUGUACAAGCGCGCGCGCUUCGAGCUCCGCGACCUCUCGCCGAUCGACCACGUGGACAAGUCGUUCAUUCCGGCGCUCUUUGUCGCGGCCCACAAAGAUGUGUUUAUCCAGCCACACCACAGCGAACAGCUCUUUGAAAAGUACGCCGGGGACAAGAACCUCAUCAAAGUCCACGGCGACCACAACAGCUCGCGGCCACAGUACCUCCUCGACUCGAUCAGCAUCUUCCUCCAGAGCGUCAUGUGCAUCGACGAGGCGCAGACGCUGCAUGAUCCGUUCACGGGCAGCGGCGUGCCGUGGCACCAAGACGCCAUGAUCCAGCGGGUGCUGCAGGCGUCCUUGGCCGGCGAAGCCUCGGACGACGACGACGACGAUGGUGGUGACGGACCCAACUGGGCAUGCACGGCCUGCACCUUUCUCAACGUCGCCAAGCGAAAGCACUGCACCAUGUGUGGCGCCCGCGCCAACCGCGCCGACGUGCAUCUUGACGACGUGGUGGUUGACGCGACCGCUUUGCCUGUGGCCGCUGUCGAGAGCUAA